AUGGAUGGCGGUUUUCGACAACCAGCAAAACUUCAAAAGCGAAAGAGUCGAGAGCGACAGGAAUUUGAACAGAUGAGUGGGGGCCUCAGUGGUCAACCAGCAGUCAACUCGUCGCAACCCACCUCUGCUGUGUCUGCGUCCGAGAAUAUGACGUCUGCCGAAAAGGAAAAGCGUUCGAAAUGGCGCAUGUCUAACCCUUUCUCCUCGAAAGAGAAGGCGUCAAAAGAUGGCAUAAACCACAGUCAGAACGAGGACGCAAAAGAAAAGGAAAAAGAAAAGGCUCGCAGAGAUGCUGAUUCGGCUUACUUUAGUAGCGAGCGCAGCAGUGCCGACCCAAGCCUUUCUAACCAAGCACGUCCAGUGUCUGGCGAGCAAUAUGUUCAUCCACCCACAAACCACCACGUACCACCCUUGCCUACUACGCAUACCCCAUCACCGAAUGGACACACCCAGGAGAGCCUCGCACUGCCUCAACAAUCACUUCAGAGUCGCUCCAGCCAUGAGAAUGUGGGAAGGGAAAUGUACCGUGACGCUGGCACUGGAAACAUUGUUACCGUCACGACCACAACCACGACAACGACUACCACUACAACUGGUCCAGGCGGUUCCACCACAGUAGAGCAGCCCAACGAUCGGGGCAAUGGCUCUGCGCAAAGUAUACAUACUUCAGGCCCUAGCCCACCACAACCAGCACCUCCUCAGCCUGACAACCAUUACCACCAAGGUCCGGAUUUGUCAGCCCAAUCCGCCAUACCUCACAAUGUGACUCCUCCAAUUCCUUCAAGCAGCCAUCAACAGAGUGGUCUUGUAAUUCCACAAGAUACCCAUAAUGAUGCAACUUCCUCUCCGCCCAUUCCAGCCAAAAACAAUAUACGACACAGAGUAGAACUGGACUCUGUUUCUCCAGGCGUCCAGCGGCCAAAUCCCAUGGAGGAGUCAGUCACUCCAGUGUCGCCUGGUAGUCCGACGCGUGCGAACUUUUCCUAUCCAGCUCGGGCACCUCCUCAAGGGGUUCCUCGACAGGUUCCUGCUAAUGGCAUGCCACUACAGCAAUACUAUCCGGAUCAACAACACCAACAUUCGGAUGUGCCGCCUGUUCCACCAGUUCCAGGGCAGCAGCAGCAACAGCCGCGGAGAUCGAGCAUUCCACAACUGCCAGCAUACCAGCAACAACAAUCUGGCAUGCCACCGCUACCAAGCCAGCAGCACCCAGGUCACCCCUCUAGUCUACAGCCUGGUAACACCAACGGUACAUAUAACUCUGGUCAUGAUCUGCAGAAGCAAGGCACCAUGGCGAACCUUAAAGCCGCCGCUGCCGGUAUUCACGGCGCAGGAGAAACUCUCCGCGGAACCUUCAACGAUACCUUCGACCGUCGCAACCCCAACGCGCAUGCCAAAAACCAAGCUGUAAUCGACAAAGGGCGUUCGGAAAUCGAGGCUGCAAGAGCCCGUCAAUACGCAAACACGCAGCAAGCAGCGAACCAGCCGCCCACAAUACCCCAACACACACAAGGGUCCACAGCUGGGCUUCCGCAGGGAAGCUCAGGCUCACCGGGCAAGACGGCGUAUCAGGGUCCACCUGUCUCUGGUUCGCAGAUUGAGGGUAAGAGUGGAGGCGGUAAAUUGAGUAAUAUUAUGAAGAAGAUGAAGGAGGGGCCGGCGGCAGGUAAGGAAGGUGCUGUGCGGUAG